AUGGAGAACAGAGAGAGAUCUUCAUCUCCUGAUCUUCCUCUUAACCUCAGUGAUGAUCCAGUGACCUCUGACCCCAGGAUCUCAUGGAAGCUGAUAUCUUCAUCUCCGGAUCACAGCUGUGUGUCUCUGAAGAGUGAUGCAUCCAUGGGUCCUCCUCCUUUAUUCAGUGAUGAUCCAGUGACCUCUGACCCCAGAUUUUCUGGCUGUAAUCUCACUGCUCAGUGUUGUAAGAGUUUGUCUUCAGCUCUACAAUCCUCAAACUGUGUCCUGAGAGAGCUGGAUCUGAGGAACAAUGACCUGUGGGUCUCUGGUGUAAAGAUUAUUUCUGAUGGACUGAAGAGUCAGAACUGUCAGCUGCAGAAACUGAGUCUUGCUGGCUGUAAUCUCACUGCUCAGUGUUGUGAGAGUUUGUCAUCAGCUCUACAAUCCUCAAACUGUGUCCUGAGAGAGCUGGAUCUGAGUAACAGUGACCUGCAGGACUCUGGUGUAAAGAUUAUUUCUGAUGGACUGAAGAGUCAGAAAUGUCAGCUGCAGAAACUGAGUCUUGCUGGCUGUAAUCUCACUGCUCAGUGUUGUGAGAGUUUGUCAUCAGCUCUACAAUCCUCAAACUGUGUCCUGAGAGAGCUGGAUCUGAGUAACAGUGACCUGCAGGACUCUGGUGUAAAGAUUAUUUCUGAUGGACUGAAGAGUCAGAACUGUCAGCUGCAGAAACUGAGUCUUGCUGGCUGUAAUCUUACUGCUCAGUGUUGUAAGAGUUUGUCUUCAGCUCUACAAUCCUCAAACUGUGUCCUGAGAGAGCUGGAUCUGAGGAACAAUGACCUGCAGGACUCUGGUGUAAAGAUUAUUUCUGAUGGACUGAAGAGUCAGAACUGUCAGCUGCAGAAACUGAGGUAUUAAGAACAUAUAUCACCUUUAUCAGUAUAUCACCUUUAUUUA